CUAGUUUCUUUCACUUUCCAGAGUCCGUGUCUCAGGUCUUUCUCUCGACCUGGAUCUCCAGCUGAAGGUCUCCGAACUCGUCGUCUCCAGCUGUUCUUUAGUUUGGAGAGAGGGUCACCUCACUUCUAAGGGAGAUAACAGAUCAGGAGCAUGAGUCAGUCUGGGUCCAGAGACAAAUCUCCAUGUGGGGGACAGGACAGACAGACCACGGCUCAGAGGCCAGAACGGGACUCUGAUGGAGCUGGAGCAGACCCCCGCUGGGGCUCUGAGAGUGUGUGGCUCAAACUGACAGGCCCUGCAGCCGAGUCACUGGCGCAGGCUUUGUAUGGGCCCAACGUUGUAGUUCUGCAGGAAAACAAGGGAGCGAGAAGAGGAGCAGAAGAGGUAACAGCAGAAGAAGACCACGCAGCAAUAGGACUACAACUAGAGGCUGGAGGUGUGGAAGGAACAGGAAGAGGAGGAACACCAGCAGUAGUCAAAGCCGUGUCAGUGCCACCAAGGACUGUUGUUGCUGGAACGGUGCAAGCUGGGAAACGGAUCAGAGUGCUGAGAACAUCCAGGAUAGUCCUGCUGGGAAACACCGGAGCCGGGAAAAGCAGCCUAGCAAAUACCAUUAUUGGAGACGAUGUGUUCGAGAUAAACCACACCUCCGUUGGUGGAACAAGUGGAUGUCAAACAAGAUCCAAAUGUGUUCAUGAAAGAAGAUUAACUGUGGUCGACACUCGUGGUUUCUUUGUCACAGAGAGACACGAAGCGCAGCUGAUGGGUGAUAUACUUUGGUGCAUCACAGAGUGCAUUUCUGGGCCUUAUGUUCUUGUCAUUGUUCUUAAAGUGGGGAAAUUCACUAAUAAGGAGCAGGCUGUCAUCACUAGAAUAUGUCAUUAUUUCUCAGAGGAAGUUUUAAAGUACACUGCUGUUGUCUUCACUCAUGGGGACCAGCUCCCAAAAGGAAUGCUUAUUGAGCAGUUUGUGGAUCAGGAUGAAGGUCUCAGGGAUCUGGUGAAGAAGUGCGGCGGCCGAUGCCAUGUCGUUGAUAAUAAACACCGGAAAAACCAACAGGAUGAAUACAGAAGCAACAAGUUUCAGGUGUUAGAGCUGCUCAACACUACAGACAAGAUAGUAAUGGAAAACAAAGGAGGCUGCUACGCUGGCAAGAUGCUAACAGUGUGGGGUGAAAAAGAAGAAGAGAACAGUAGAACGUCAGCAGGAAAAAUGGCACAAGGACACCCGCGCAAUAAGGUGAACACAGGUGUCUCAAAGAAUGUGUGGCUAAAGAUAACAGGCCCUGCAGCAGCAUCCCUGGGGGAGACCUGUGGGCCCGCUGUUGUAGUUUUACAGCAAAGUGGUGGGUUAACAAAAGGAGCAGCAGAAGGGAUGGAAGGUGAGGGAGAAGUAUAUGGAGGAGAAGUAGAGGAGGAAGGAGAAGAAACAGAAUCAGAAGGAGAAAAAGCAGGAAAAGAUACAGAAGAAGAAGGAGAAAAAGCAGAAGAAGAAACAGAAUCAAUAGGAGAAAAAGCAGGAGAAGAUACAGAAGAAGAAGGAGAAAAAGAAGGAGUAGAUACAAAAGAAGAAGGAGAAAAAGCAGGAGGAAAAACAGGCUUAAAAACAAUUGGUCUAGGUAUUGGAGGAGGAAUGGCACUUACACUUAUAGCAGGGACAGCAGGUGCACUGGGGACAGCAGGUGCACUGGGGACAGCAGGUGCCCUAGGGACAGCAGGUGCCCUAGGGACAGCAGGUGCACUGGGGACAGCAGGUGCACUAGGGACUGCAGGUGCACUGGGGACAGCAGGUGCACUAGGGACAGCAGGUGCACUGGGGACAGCAGGUGCACUAGGGACAGUGAAUACAGCAAGUGCAGCAAGUACAGCAGGUGGAGCGGGUGCAGCGAGUACAGCAGGUGGAGCGGGUGCAGCGGGUGCAGCAGGUGCAGUGAGUACAGCAGGUGCAGCAGGUGCAGCAGGUGCAGCAGGUGCAGCGGGUACAGUGACUACAGCAGGUACAGCGGGUGCAGCGGGUGCAGUGAGUACAGCAGGUGCAGCAGGUGCAGUGGGUACAGAAGGUGCAGCGGGUGCAGUGAGUACAGCGGGUGCAGCGGGUGCAGUGAGUACAGUAGGUGCAGCGGGUGCAGCAGGUGCAGCGGGUACAGCAGGUGCAGCGGGUGCAGUGAGUACAGUAGGUGCAGCGGGUGCAGUGAGUACAGCAGGUGCAACGGGUGCAGUGGGUACAGAAGGUGCAGCGGGUGCAGUGAGUACAGCGGGUGCAGCGGGUGCAGUGAGUACAGUAGGUGCAGCGGGUGCAGCAGGUGCAGCGGGUACAGCAGGUGCAGCGGGUGCAGUGAGUACAGUAGGUGCAGCGGGUGCAGUGAGUACAGCAGGUGCAGCAGGUGCAGCAGGUGCAGCGGGUGCAGUGAGUACAGUAGGUGUAGCAGGUGCAGUGGGUGCAGCGGGUGCAGCAGGUGCAGCGGGUGCAGUGAGUACAGCAGGUGCAGCAGGUGCAGUGAGUACAGCAGGUGCAGUGGGUGCAGCAGGUGCAGCAGGUGCAGUGAGUACAGCAGGUUUAGCAGGUGCAGUGGGUGCAGCGGGUGCAGUGAGUACAGCAGGUGCAGUGGGUGCAGCGGGUGCAGCAGGUGCAGCGGGUGCAGUGAGUACAGCAGGUGUAGCAGGUGCAGUGGGUGCAGUGAGUACAGCAGGUGCAGUGGGUGCAGCGGGUGCAGCAGGUGCAGCAGCUGGGACAGCUACUCAUGGUCUUGUUGGUGGUGCUGUUAUUACUGCUGUUACUCACAGGCCCUGCAGCAGCAUCCCUGGGGGAGACCUGUGGGCCCGCUGCGGUCGUUUUACAGCAAAGUGCACCCGUCCCCCUAGGACGCUGGAGGCCUCUGCUGUUCAGUGGACAGUCUCUACGAUCCGGAGGGAAACGGCACUCUACCAGGAGUGUCUUCACGUCGUGGGCGACUUUGGUGUGCCCUUGGAGGAAAUACGGGUGUUGCCGAGCAUGCUGUCAUGUUAUUACAGGGUGAAUGUUGUCACCCCCCCAUCCAUUGGGCGGGGUUCUCCGGCCGAGGUCCUCUACAGCAGGACAGAGCUAAGGGAUGACCCCAGAACUUAA